UGGCCCUCAGAUGGCUCGCCACGACCUCCUCCUGGCCCUGCAGACGGCAAACUCGUCGUGUUCUUCGACAUCGACAACUGCCUGUACUCGAAGGAUGCGGGCAUCGCCGAGAUGAUGAAGGGCAAGAUCCGCGCCUACUUCCGCCGCCUCGGCCUGUCGGACGACGAGGCCAAGGACCUGCACUCGCACUACUACCGCGAGUACGGCCUCGCGAUCCGAGGACUCGUCCGCCACCACGCCGUCGACGCGCUCGACUACGACAAGCACUGCGACGCCGCCCUCCCGCUCGACGAGGUCCUCAAGGACGACCCCAAGCUGCGCCGGUUGCUCGCCGACAUUGACCGCGACAAGUGCCACGUGUGGGCUCUCACCAACGCGUACAAGAUUCACGCAACGCGGGUCCUCAACCUCCUCGGCAUCGCCGACCAGCUCGAGGGCGUCAUCUCGUGCGACUAUGGCGCCGGCGAGUUCUCGUGCAAGCCCGAAGCCGCCUUCUUCAACGACGCUCUGCGACACGUCUCGACCCCUCCUCCGCCCGUCUCGUCGCUCUACUUUGUCGACGACUCGGCCCUGAACGUGCGCGGCGCAAACGGCCUCGGGUGGCGGCACUGCGUCCUGUUUGACGAGGGCGGCAGCGAGGAGGACAGGCUUGGGUCGGUCGAGACGACCACUGCUGGGGAGGAGGACGAGGGCAAGGCGGGAGACGCAGAGAAGCCGCGAGUGAGCGUCGUGCACGAUCUCGAGGAGCUGCGGACGAUCUGGCCCGAGGUAUUCAAGGCGGGACCGGCGAGCGGGACGGACGGGUCUCCCUGAGGGCCACGCUCGUGCCGAGCUGUGUCGAGACUUGCCAUGCAUCACUCUAGAGCACACUUUCAG